GACAAAAGAGUUAUUCCCCCCCUCCCUUCACGCACACGGGCAUACGCCCCUCUUGGUCUUGCCUGCGUAGCAAGGUAGCGUUGGUGGCGAGAGGAGCCGGGCAGGGGCCUGCGGAGGAUGGAGGAGAAGCCCUCCGCCAGCAUCAAGCCCUACCUAGACAAGCUCACCCUGGGGGUCACGCGGAUACUGGAGACUUCUCCAGGAGUUGCUGAGGUAACGUUUGUGGAAAAGGAGCCAGCUGAACGCCACACAAUCAUCUCAUGGGAGCAAAAAAACUCCUGCGUAUUGCCAGAGGAUUUAAAGAACUUCUAUCUAAUGACCGAUGGCUUCCAGAUGACCUGGAGUGUGAAGACCGAUGAUACCCCAAUGCCUCUGGGCUCCAUGGUGAUUAACAGUGUCUCAAAGCUAUGUCGGCUUGGGGGCUCCUCUAUGUACACUCUGCCUAAUGCACCCACUCUUGCUGACCUGGAAGAUGACACAGACGAGGAAGGUAAUGGAGACAAACCAGAGAAGCCCCACUUUGAUUCUCGUAGUCUUAUCUUUGAAUUAGACCCCUGCAAUGGGAAUGGGAAAGUUUGUCUUGUUUAUAAGCAUGCUAAACCAGUUGUCUCGCCAGACACAGAGAUAUGGUUCCUGGACAGAGCUCUGUAUUGGCAUUUCCUCACCAAAACCUUCACAGCGUACUACCGCCUGCUCAUUACCCACCUGGGUCUCCCACAGUGGCAGUAUGCCUUCACCAGCUAUGGGGUUAGCCCCCAGGCCAAGCAAUGGUUUAAUAUGUAUAAACCCAUAACCAUCAACACAGCUCUCCUCUCUGAAGAAGCUGAUUCCUUUGUGAACAAGCUGGACCCCAACAAGGUAUUUAAAAGCAAGAACAAAACUCCAGUGAUCAAGAAGAAACUACCCUCCCAGCCAGCAGGCUCCCAAAAGAGCCACACGAGCAUGACCUCCUCCAAGACAUCCUCACUAGGUGGGAAUUCUUCAAGGAAGUGAGACCCCCAGAUCUGAGCCUGGACAGGAUUUGCAAUAAGCUUUGACGUCCUCUGAUACAAAGUCUGACUCAUUCAGACCAAGUUCCUUGUGCAUGAAUAGAUGUGCCUAUGGAAACCACAUGGCAGCACUUGCAUGAAAUAUAGCCACGAUGUAUUUUGACAUGGGAGGGAUGUAGCUCCUAGAGACUGAGAAAAAACUUGAGCCAUUGAUUUUAUUCCCCUCCUCUACUUGCAGUGUGUACUUUUCAGAGGACAGGAAGAAAAUGUCUUGAUGUCACUGCUUUAUAGAGAAGCUUUUGUUCCUGUGCAAAUGAAAGCAAAUGUAAGUCACUGUUACAUUAAUAGACCCAUGCCGAAAUACAGCGUAUGAAGAUAUUUCUGCUUAUCCUUUGAAUGAAACCUGUUGUGACCUAGCAUGCUAUGGGAGGAGGCUGGAACCCACUGUACAAAGAAAUACCUUCUGCUUCAAGCAGAAUCAAACUCCGCACUUCCCUCUGCUCCUUCCAACUUCUGCUCUGAGAUUCAUGGUGCAAAGGGACCCGGGUUCCAUGUCUCUGCACUGGCCUAGUCGCUUCCUCUAAAGCCCAGGCCACUUUUUGGCCUUUGUGCCGUAUCUUUUCAGACAGUGAUGUCUGUGUGGUGUCCUUCCCAAUAAGCCUGAAGGCAGCCAGAAACUGCAAAAUCCCUCAUUGCUUCUGCUUUCUCCUAGUGUGGGACCUGCUAAGCCAGGGCUGUCAGCGGUGUUAAGAGUCCCAUAAGCCAGGAGGACCCCUUGGUUUGUCACACAUUCAUUUGCAAAGUUGACCAUUCAGACAGCUUUUAUCACUUUUCAGUUGGGCAGGAUGUGACCAGGGGCCACUGAGAUCCUACAGCCUUAGAAGCCCCUGGUGCUGUUUGCUAUGCUAUAAGUUUUCAGGUUAGAACUGCACUUUAACCGAUUCACUGCUGAUUUUCAGUUACAUCUGACUGUUUCUAUUACUUUCUAUGCCAUUCUGUCUUCUUACGUGUGCUGGAAACACAUGGCAGCAACCAACACAUUAUGUGCCUAAGCAGGGAAAUAAAAGUCACCAUCUUCAAAUAAGUAUAGAUUAUUUAAACAGCAUCAUCUUUUAUUUAUGAAACAGUCACAUAACUACAUAAGACAAACCUACCUCACAGGGGUGUUGUGAGGCUUUCAUGAGUAUUUGUAUGGCUUUCAGAAAGACAAAGCCGCCCUGUAAGUGCUUAAUAGUAUUUUAAUAAAGAUUCGAAUAUUUUCCUCCA